UUGGUCACGCCCAUAGACAUCAUAUAGGUAGACGCCCCCUUCGGCCUUGGGCGGCAUAAAUCGUCGGCGCCAUCUUGGUACGGGAGUUAUUUCGUCUUCGGAGUGAAGAUGCCUACUUCAUGCGCCGCUUGGGGGUGCACUACCGUCAGGACGAUUCAAACGAGAUCGCAAGGAAUUACCUUUCACAAGUUUCCCAAAGAGAAGCAGUUGAGGAGACAGUGGGAAGUGGCUGUGAAAAGGGAAGACUUUUCUGCCAAUGAGAGGUCAAUGCUCUGUAGCCAGCACUUUCAGCCGGAGGAUUUUGACCGGACAGGCCAAAUUGUCAGGCUCAGGGAUGGAACUAAACCAUCUGUGUUCAGUUUCCCAACACAUCUCAAAAGAAAAGUGCCAGCCAGGACUACACAAGCCUCAAGGAAGGCUGAAGCGAGCCUUGUAAUUGACUGUUCUUUACAAUCAUUACAAGUCACUGAACCUUCACCUACCUACCUUGAACACCCUUAUGCAUUGCCUCCAUCUCCCACUCUUCUCAAGACUAGACUCAGUGAAGCCCUGGCUAGGGUGGAGAGUCUUGAGAAAGAGAUGAGGAACUCAAAGGCCCGAGAGUGGAGGGCGAAGAAAACAGUGUGUUGUCUUCUGGAGGACCUCAGGGGGAAGAACCUCAUAAAUGAAGAGCUGCACGAGAGGCUUGACUUAUACUCAGAUCUUCCAUUAGGCCUCCUCCUUAGGCCACGAGUACACUAAAGAGCAGAGGGAGUUUGCCCUCACUCUCCACCUGCACGGG